CUAGCCUCGCGCCGGCUGCCUCUCAGCUGAACCGGAGCCCGAGGCUUAGACGGCGACAGGCUGAAGCGACGGUGGAGGCGACCCCGCCCUGGGGCUCCUUUGUUGCGGCGGCAGCGGCUCUGCAGGGUGCUCGGUUCCGCUCCACUCGACCCCGGCGCUGGCGGCAGGAGCGGGCGCUGCCGAGGCGGCGGCCUGAGCAAUGGAAGAGUUAAUAGUUGAACUCCGUCUCUUUCUGGAGCUCCUGGACCAUGAGUACCUGACGUCCACCGUCAGAGAGAAGAAGGCCGUCAUCGCCGACAUCCUGCUGCGGGUCCAGGCGGCCAAAGGUGUGGACGUGCGAGACCACGCCCCGAAGCUGGAGACUCCCAGCAGCCUGCCGGCCCCUCCCCAGAUGCCCCUGCCGGAGAUCCCGCAGCCGUGGCUGCCGCCUGAUAGUGGGCCGCCCCCGCUGCCCACGUCCUCGCUCCCGGAGGGCUACUACGAGGAGGCUGUGCCCCUGAGUCCCGGGAAGGCUCCGGAGUACAUCACCUCAAAUUAUGACUCGGACGCAAUGAGCAGCUCUUACGAGUCGUACGAUGAAGAGGAGGAGGAUGGGAAGGGGAAGAAGAUGAGACACCAGUGGCCCUCGGAGGAGGCCUCCAUGGACCUGGUGAAGGACGCCAAGAUCUGUGCCUUCCUGCUGCGCAAGAAGCGCUUCGGGCAGUGGACCAAGCUGCUCUGCGUCAUCAAGGACACCAAACUGCUGUGCUACAAGAGCUCCAAGGACCAGCAGCCGCAGAUGGAGCUGCCUCUCCCGGGCUGCAGCAUCACGUACAUCCCGAAAGACGGCAAGAAGAAGAAGCACGAGCUGAAGAUCACGCAGCAGGGCACGGACCCCCUGGUCCUGGCGGUGCAGAGCAAGGAGCAGGCCGAGCAGUGGCUGCGGGUGGUCAAAGAAGUCUACAGCAGCUGCAGCGGGCCCGUGGACUCCGAAUGCCCCCCGCCCUCGAGCUCGCCCGUGCACAAGGUGGAACUGGAGAAGAAGCUGUCCUCGGAGAGACCGAGCUCGGACGGGGAGGGCGUCACCGAAAACGGAGUCGCCGUGUGUGACGGGAAGGAACCAGUUAAGAGGAAAAAGAGUUCCAAAUCAGAGGGCAAGGGGACCGUCUCUAAAGUCACCGGGAAGAAGAUCACCAAGAUCAUCAGCCUGGGGAAGAAGAAGCCGUCCACCGACGAGCAGACCUCGUCUGCCGAGGAGGACGUGCCCACCUGCGGCCACCUGAGCGUGCUCUCCAACAACCGCUGGCGGGAGCGCUGGUGCCGGGUCAAGGACAACAAGCUGGUGCUGCACAAGGACCGGACCGACCUGAAGAGCCACAUCGCCUCCAUCCCUCUGCGCGGCUGCGAGGUGAUCCCGGGCUUGGACUCCAGGCACCCCCUGACCUUCCGGCUGCUUCGCAACGGGCAGGAGGUGGCCGUGCUAGAGGCGUCUUCCUCUGAAGACAUGGGCCGGUGGAUCGGGGUCCUGCUGGCGGAGACGGGCUCCUCGGCAGACCCCGCAGCUCUGCACUACGACUACAUAGACGUGGAGACGUCCGCGAACGUCAUCCAGACGGCCAAGCAGACCUUCUGCUUCAUGAACCGGCGCGUCAUCUCCACCAACCCGUACCUCGGGGGCACCGCCAACGGCUACGCCCACCCCAGCGGCACGGCGCUGCACUACGACGACGUCCCCUGCGUCAACGGCUCGUGGGAUCCCGCCGCCGCCCCCGGCAGCGCAGGCCGGGGCGAAGAGGUGCUGUACGAUAACGCGGGCCUGUACGAUAACUUGCCGUCUCCGAAAAUCUUUGCGCGCUACCCGCCCACGGACAGAAAGGCUUCUUCCAGGCCGCCUGCCGGCCCCCUGCCCCGUAACCACUGCGCGCGCCCCGCGCCCUGCGGGCCGCCUUCCGCUCACUCUGUCACUAACACCUCUCCUGUGGGGCGGGCGUCUCUCGGGCUCGGCUGCCAGCUGAAGGGGAAGAAGCCCCCGGUGGCGUCCAGCGGGGUCGCGGGGAGAGGCAAGGCUGUGGGCGGCCCACAAAAGCGGGCUGCCUCGGCCGCCGGCGUGACGCGCACGCCCUCAAAUGCUGACCAGUACAAAUAUGGCAAGAACCGGGUCGAAGCGGACGCCCGGCGGCUGCAGACCAAGGAGGAGGAGCUGCUGAGGCGGAAGGAAGCCCUGAGGACCAGGCUGGCCCAGCUCCGGAAGGAGAGGAAGGACCUGCGGGCCGCCAUUGACGUGAACGCCGGCAGGAAGACGCAGCCGGUCCUGGAGGAGAAGCUGAAGGCGCUGGAGGAAGAGUGCCGGCGGAGGGAGGCGGAGCGCGUCAGCCUGGAGCUGGAGCUGACCGAGGUCAAGGAGAGCCUCCGGAAGGCCCUGGCCGGCGGGAUCACGCUGGGGCUGGCCAUCGAGCCCCGGUCGGGGACCUCGAGUCCGCAGUCCCCCGGGAGCAGGCACCGGCCGCUGGAGAGCUCACCCCUGUCCAGCUGCGAGACCAGCGACGCCGAGGGCCCGGUGCCCGUGAACAGCGCGGCCGUCCUGAAGCAGAGCCAGCCGGCUGGCAGUGCCCCCUGCCGUGGCCACGUGCUUCGGAAGGCCAAGGAGUGGGAGCUGAAGAACGGGACGUAGAGGGAGCCCGCGAGACGCCGCCGCGGACGCCCGGACCCUCACGAGUAUUUUUCUACUGUACGACGGUGCCCUUAAAGGAGUUUUCCCGCAGCCCCUGGUUCCCACUUGAUUUGUUGCAGACGGGAGGGAGGAGAGGUACCCGAGACCACCCUCCGGCGACGGGCGGGGCCCGUCCACCAGGCGGGGCCUGUCCACCAGCCGCAGGCCGGAGGGGCGCUGGCCGAGCGGGGGAGGGGCGGGGACCGAGGGCCGUGUGGCCCCUGCAGCGAGGUGGCCGUCUGCCUCGGGCUGCACAGCUGGCGGCCUCGGGGGAGCGUGUGGCCACCUGUCUCUGCGCCCCUCGCCCGGUCCCUCGUCCCUGGAGGAGAAGGCCCAAGACGCUGCGCCGUGAGGUGUUUCCACCUUUCCGUCUCUUCUGGACGGACGCUUCGUGGCCGGGAGGAAGUGCCAUCCGUCCUUUGGGAAGGUUUGAGCAUUUCCCGUGAGCGCUGCGCCCCACGCUCUGGGUUGGUAGAGCCCCCGCCUGCCCCCGCUGCUGCUGCACAGCUCCGCCCCGCACCCUCCCCACCCCCCUCUGCCCCGGCAAGGCCUCCCCUCUCCUGCCCCCGCUGCUGCACCCGGGGAGCUGGGGGCCCAGCGGGGUGCACGGUUAGCCGGCCUGUUGAGGGCCUCCCCAGGCCCAUUGCUGGCGGGUCCAUCCUGUGAAAAGGAGGCAGGUCCUGGGAGUCGCAGUUACGGAACUGGGACAUUGCAAAGUGCGGGGGGGGGGGGCCCUCCCCGAGCGCCCAGCCAGCCCCUCCCCCGCCUCCAUGUGCACACUGAAGCCGUGAGCGCGUCCGUGGACUGGGCCUGGUGGGCCUCUCCACCACCUGUCUCAUCUGCCUCCCGUGCGCUGUUCCUGGGGGUGCCCAGGGGCUGGGGCACAGGAGGGACAGGGAGAGUGGCCACUGCACCGUGGCCUCGGAGCCAGACUCCCCUGCAGGGACCCUCGCGGGGCUCCGUCAUGAAGGGUCCGUCCCCAGAAGCCCUCUCCCAGACGGGGGGCCGCGGCGAGGGGUGGGCGACACGGCCGUGGCCGGCCCCUGGAAGGAGGCUCCCAUCCCGGGUGGGGACUGACAGCAGCACAGCAGGGUCCCCUACUCGUCCCCGAGACCUUCUGCACGCACGUGCGGGGCCCCUGGGACCGGACCGCUGUCCCGUGUCCUGGGCUGACCAGAGGUGACAGGCUCAGCAGGAAGCUGGUGUCGGGGACAUUCCCCACGCUGCGCAAGGGGCCUGCACCUGGGGCCUGACGCCACUGCAGAGCCGCCUGCCACCUGGCACUGCCCUCUGACCCCUUCCCACAGGGCAGCAGUCCGAGGGACAUCCCACCAGCACGCAGUGGGGGGCCUCCCGGGGCGUCCGCAGAGGACACUGGGGUGGGGCGCAGGGCCGUCCGCGGUCCGGCCGCUCCUCCGGGACGGAAGGCCCGUCUCCGUUCAUCUUUGCUGCCGUCGGGCAGACACGGCUUCUCCGGUUAAGGCUGCGUCCGUGGGCCGUGCCCAGGGUCCGGGGCCCCCGACGCUCCGGCUUGGCGGACGCGUGUGGUGUGCGUAAAGCCCGGUUCUAAAUUCCCUCCGACACCCCGCGCCCCGCACCUCUAGGGCGGGCUGGAGCCUUGCAGGUCUGGGAGCCGUCGGAAGGGGGCGCUGCGCGGCCGCCGGCGUCCCCGCGGCCAGCGGCUCCCCCCGCGCUCCAGGUUUGAUCGGAAGUUAGCCUCAAGUCUUUGCUCCAAAGUAAGUUAUUUAUUUGUAUAUGUUCUAUGAGUAUAGUUUUUAAUUUAUGUCUGUACAUACUAGACACGCACUGGGCACCGUGUCGGCGUUCUGACGGUGGUCUCGGUCUGCCUCCCUCCAUCCCCGGGCAGCCGGCGGGCGGGCGCCGAAGCCCCGCUGCCCUGGGAGCAGGCAGACCCGCCGACAGGCGGUCGCGAUCCAGGGGGCCCCUGCCCAAAAGGGAGAGAAACGUGGGGGGCGGCAGGGGCGGCCUCUCCUGGCCCCCCUCCCGCAGGCACCUGAGUCCGCACUGUCGGCCUCAGGCUCCAGCUUCCGGCUUUAUUUUGGCAAAGUGCCAUCAACCUUCAAAAUCCCGCCCACUUUUAUAUUUUUAUAAUGUUUUUAACUCGCUCACCAGCUUUGCACAGAGGCUGGGGAAGGGCUUCCCGUGUCGCCGCCAAGGCCCAGAGCGGGGGUGGGCGUCCCCGGCUCCGCCGCAGGGCU